GACCGGAGCCAUUGCUUCCCUCCCUGGGAGCUGCCGUCAAAAGCCUGGGUGGGGAGGGACGGACGGCGCUGCCGGGCUCUACAGAACACGCCCCGGGCCGGCUGGCAGGCGAGGCCAGCUUUGCGGCCGGACUCCCCGCCCGAGAGCCACGCACGGGACGCGGCGGCCGCAUCGCCCGCCGGAGCCGGACACGCGGGGACUCGGAGCGGGUGCCCACCAUGGGCCCCUGGACGGCCUGGGGGCCGCCCGCCCUCCUGCGGCCGCAGGUGCCGGUGCUGGUGCUGGUGCAGGUGCAGGUGCAGGUGCUGGUGUUGCUGGUGGUGCUGCUGGCGGCCGCGCCUGCAGCGGGCAAGGGCUGUGUCUGCACGGACAAAGGCCAGUGCUUCUGCAGUGGUACCAAAGGGGAGAAGGGAGAGAAAGGUCUUCCCGGACCCGCUGGUUCUCCUGGUCUGAAGGGAUUCCCAGGUCCUGAAGGCUCACCUGGACCACAGGGACCCAAGGGCGCUCCAGGACUUCCAGGACUCACUGGUCCCAAAGGUGUAAGGGGAAUAACUGGAUUACCAGGAUUUUCAGGGCCUCCUGGACUUCCAGGCAGCCCCGGCUAUCCCGGACCUUACGGUCCUGCUGGCUUACCAGGAUGCAACGGUUCUAAGGGUGAGCAAGGAUUCCCAGGAUUUCCAGGGACACCAGGCUACCCAGGGUUCCCGGGUGCCAUUGGCUUAAAAGGAGAAAAGGGUGCUCCCGCUGAAGGAGAAGAUAUAGAAUAUGAUGGAAAAGGGGAUCCAGGGCUGCCAGGAGCUCCAGGAGUCCAGGGUUUGCCGGGCCUCCCAGGUUUUCCUGGACCUGUGGGCCCACCUGGCCCUCCGGGAUUCUUUGGUUUGCCAGGAACCAUGGGGUCUCCAGGACUUAAGGGUCACAUGGGUGAUAAUGUGAUUGGACAAAAAGGAGAACGGGGUGUGAAAGGAUUAAUAGGACCUCCUGGACCACCGGGAACUGUUAUUGUGACGCUGACUGGCCCAGAUAACAGAACGGAACUCAAAGGGGAGAAGGGAGACAAGGGCACCAUUGGCCAACCCGGACCUCCUGGACCCAGAGGACCACCAGGAGACUCUUAUGGAUCAGAAAAAGGUGCCCCUGGAGAACCUGGAUCACAGGGGAAACCUGGAAAAGACGGGGCCCCGGGGUUCCCUGGCACUGAGGGACCCAAAGGCAGCAGAGGCUUCCCUGGGUUAAGGGGCGAAGAUGGCAUUAAGGGAUGGAAAGGGGACAUUGGCCCUCCAGGAUUUCGUGGCCCAACAGAAUAUUAUGAUGCAUACACAGUAAAGGGAGAUGAGGGAACUCCAGGCCCUCCGGGCCCCAAAGGAGCUCGUGGCCCACAGGGUCCCAUUGGCCCCCCCGGAGAUCCCGGAAGGCCUGGGUCAUCAAAGCCUGGCCUCAGAGGAGCCCCUGGACCACCAGGCAUGAAAGGAAGUAAAGGGGAGCAAGGACCCCCAGGAAAAAAUGCAGUGGGGUCUCCCGGGGCCUCGGGUUGUCCUGGUUCACCAGGCCCUCCAGGGCUGCCGGGACCUCCGGGACGACCAGGUGACAUCGUAUAUCGCAAAGGUCCCCCUGGACAAGGUGGACAUCCAGGCCAUGUGGGGCCUCCAGGAAUCCCAGGUGUCGAUGGGCGCAAAGGGGAGCCAGGCCUCGUGUGCAUAGACUGUCCUUGUGUCCCAGGGCCUCCGGGUCUCCCAGGACUGCCAGGAUUUGAUGGCUUAAAAGGAACCCCAGGAGGACGAGGGGCAGCUGGCAUUAAAGGAAGCCCAGGGUCUCCAGGAAGUGUGGGUCUCCCAGGAUACCCAGGAUUUCCGGGUGCUCAGGGUGAUCCAGGACUGAAAGGAGAGAAAGGCGAAGCAGCUGGGCCAGAGGGAGAAGUGGGUAGUCCAGGGGACCCAGGGCCCAGGGGGCAGCCUGGAAGAGGCGGCUUGGAUGGAAUUCCUGGAGUCCCUGGAAUGAAAGGAUUACCGGGACCUAAAGGUGAACCGGCUCUCAGUGGUGAGAAGGGGGACCCGGGUCCUCCGGGGGACCCUGGCGUCCCUGGGUCCCCGGGACCCGCAGGACCAGCUGGGCCACCAGGCUAUGGACCGCAGGGAGAGCCUGGCCCAAAGGGCGCCCAAGGAAUUCCCGGAGCCCCUGGACCACCUGGAGACGCCGGUCCUAGGGGGGAGUUCAGUGUUUCAACGCCGGUCCCAGGGCUCCCAGGACCCCCAGGGCCCCCAGGCCACGCUGGCCCCCGAGGCCCACCUGGCUUCCCGGGAGAACCAGGAAAAUGUGAGCCAGGUACUCCUGGGCCUGACGGGGAUCCAGGAAUGCCAGGAAUUGGACUCCCUGGGCCUCCUGGACCUAAAGGAGACCGAGGUUUUCCAGGAACUAAAGGAGCACCAGGUUGUCCCGGAGAAAUGGGGAAGCCAGGGUUACCUGGAAAUCCAGGCCUCCCAGGAGCCAAGGGAGAACCAGGACUAGCCAUGCCUGGAGAACCAGGAAUACCAGGUUUUCCAGGAGAAAGAGGCAAUCCUGGGGAAAAUGGAGAAAUUGGACUCCCUGGAUUUCCAGGUCUCCCUGGAAUUCCAGGAACUGGAGGGCUUGAUGGACCACGAGGGGAUCCAGGGCAGCCUGGACCACCUGGAGAAAAAGGACUCCCAGGGAGAUGCACAGAGGGUCCCAGGGGACCUCCGGGACUUCCAGGCUUAAAUGGAUUGAAAGGGCAACAAGGUAGAAAAGGUGAAGCAGGACCAAAAGGAGACCCAGGGAUUCCAGGUUUGGAUAGAUCAGGACUUCCUGGAGAACCUGGACCACCAGGAAUGCCAGGUCAUCAGGGCGAGAUGGGACCACCUGGUCAGAAAGGAUAUCCAGGAAACCCGGGAUUUUUAGGGCCACCAGGUGAAAGAGGAACCAUUGGGAUGAUGGGAUAUCCAGGCACUAUUGGCCUUCCGGGGCCUCCUGGGACCCCAGGCUCCCCAGGACAGAAGGGUCGCUUUGGAAUCCCAGGAGCAAAGGGGGAGCGAGGAUCCCCAGGAGCCAAGGGAGAGAAAGGAGCCAAAGGACCUCCCGGGCCUUCUCAAAUAGCUCACUUACUGGGGGACAAAGGAGAGCCAGGCCUCAAAGGGUUUGCAGGACAGCCAGGUGAGAAAGGAGACAGAGGCAUUCCCGGGUUCCCGGGUUUAGAAGGACGCAGAGGGCCACCUGGACCACCAGGACCACCAGGCCCCAGAGGAGAUCCUGGAAGCCAUGGGAGUCCUGGAGAACCGGGCCCCCAGGGAGUGCCAGGAAGCAUGGGGCACAUGGGGGUGCCAGGCUCCAAAGGAAAGAGGGGAACUUUGGGACUCCCAGGUCUCCCUGGAAAAACAGGCCUCCCAGGUGUUCAUGGUCCCCAAGGAGAUAAGGGAGAGCCGGGUUAUUCAGAAGGCACAAGGCCAGGACCACCAGGACCCAAGGGAGAACCAGGAUUGCCAGGUGUCGUGGGAAUGAAAGGAGAAAGAGGGCCACCUGGGCCGCCUGGACAUUCAGGGCCCGCUGGACCUGAUGGAGUCCCUGGACAUCCCGGAAGUCCCGGCCAUCCAGGAAAGUCGGGUCCUGAUGGUGACAUGGGGUCGAGAGGAAUGAAAGGUUUCCCUGGAUUUCCAGGAACAAAAGGCCCUCCAGGCCCUCCAGGAUUCCCAGGAGACCCUGGCCCCAUGGGUAUGAGAGGAGACCAAGGAGGUGACGGGAUUCCUGGUCCAGCAGGAGAAAAGGGAGAAACGGGUUUGCUGGGGGCACUUCCAGGCCCAAAAGGGAAGCCUGGUGUUCAAGGAGCGAAAGGAGACAGAGGAGCCCCAGGCUUGCCCGGCCUUCCCGGCAGGAAGGGGGCAGUGGGAGAUGUUGGGCCUCGAGGACCCCCGGGAGUGCCAGGAUUCCCAGGGCCACCAGGUUUCCCUGGUACAGUCAUCCCUGGCCAAAAAGGAGACCGAGGCCCACCAGGCCCAAGAGGAAAUCCAGGUGAGCCUGGUCCCCCUGGACCUCCGGGGAGUCACAUCAAAGGCAUAAAGGGAGACAAGGGAUUUAUGGGUGAGCCAGGCCCAAGAGGCCCACCUGGAGCCGCAGGAGACACGGGGCCACCAGGUCCUCCCGGAGCCCCCGGUACUCCAGGUCUGCCGGGGCCCAGAGGUGACCCUGGGUUCCAAGGAUUUCCAGGCAUGAAAGGAGAGAAGGGUAAUCCAGGAUUUCCAGGAUCAAUUGGACCUCCAGGGAAAACUGGGCCCAAAGGGCCACCAGGUGUACGUGGAGAACCUGGCACAGUUAAGAUCAUCUCCCUUCCAGGAAGUCCAGGGCCACCUGGCCGAGCUGGAGAACCAGGGAUGCAAGGAGAACCUGGGCCACCAGGGCCACCGGGAGUCCUAGGACCCUGUGGGCCAAGAGGUAAACCAGGCAAGGAUGGAAAACCUGGAACCCCUGGACCACCUGGAGAAAAAGGCAGCAAAGGUUGUAAAGGAGAGCAAGGACCACCUGGAUUCGAUGGACGGCCAGGUUUGAAGGGGAUACCCGGUGACACCGGACCACCUGCAACCAGGACAACGAUGAGAGGCUUUCUUUUCACCCGCCAUAGUCAGACCACAGCAAUUCCUUCCUGUCCAGAAGGAACAGAGCCACUCUAUAGUGGGUUCUCUCUUCUUUUCAUACAAGGAAAUGAACAAGCUUAUGGACAAGACCUGGGAACUCUUGGAAGCUGCCUACAGCGAUUUACCACAAUGCCAUUCCUAUUCUGUAACAUCAAUGAAGUAUGUAAUUUCGCAUCUCGAAAUGAUUAUUCAUACUGGCUGUCAACACCAGCUCCGAUGCCAAUGGACAUGGCUCCAGUUACUGGCAGGGCCCUGCAGCCUUAUAUUAGCAGAUGCACUGUCUGUGAAGGUCCUGCGAUUGCCAUAGCCAUUCACAGCCAAACCACUGACAUUCCCGCAUGUCCCCAUGACUGGAUUUCUCUCUGGACAGGAUUUUCUUUCAUCAUGUUCACAAGUGCAGGUGCUGAGGGCUCUGGGCAAGCACUGGCAUCCCCGGGGUCCUGCCUAGAGGAAUUCCGAGCCAGCCCCUUCAUAGAAUGUCACGGAAGAGGGACAUGCAACUACUACUCAAAUUCCUACAGUUUCUGGUUGGCUUCACUGAACCCAAAAAGAAUGUUCAGAAAACCUAUUCCAUCAACUGUGAAAGCUGGGGAGUUAGAAAAGAUCAUAAGUCGCUGUCGGGUGUGCAUGAAGAGAAGACAAUGAAGAAAUAAAUGAAUAUAGAACUGUUAUUUUUCAUCUUAAGUAAUCAAUUGGUGGUGCUGAUAUUUAAAUUCUGGUUUUGUUGCUUCAAUCUCAGUUGCUCUGGAAGUGAAGAUGUGGCCCCAAAAGACAGCACAGACUGUGACCAUGGUCCGCAUCCUCCACUGCUCAAAUGACUGCUGUCAAGCCAUUUUUACGUUUAAAUGAAGAAGCACUUUUUAUACUCAGAUUACUUGUUUAGACUCACCUAAUAUUAAAACGUUUUCCUCUAAAAAUGUCUUACUGUCCAAAUUGCACUAUCCUGGCAUGGAGGGCUAAUGGGUCUCCACAAACCCUCCACAGACCAGGAGUUCUUGAAGUGUGGUCCCUGGACCAGAAGCAUGUGGAAACUUGUCAUAAAUGCAAAUUCUAGGCCAACUCAGACCUACAGAAUUAGAAACUCAGGGUAAGUCCCAGAAAUCUGUUUUAACGAGUCCUCCCGGUGAUUUCCAAUGCACCCUAAAGAUUGAAAAAAAAAACUGCUCUGGGCAAACACCCCCAAAAACAACAAGUGUACAGGCAGUUACCAAGUAGAGCUGGCUACAAGUGUUCUACCUGUCUCUCUCUUGCAAGUUCAAACUCACAAAUGAACUUAAGGUUAUCUAAUGUUACUAAUAAGAAAAAGCCCUAGAUUGGUGCUAAUGCCAAAUAACUGGCUGCCGCUUAUCCCCCAAUCUCCAUCUUUCUUGCCGUCUCAUCAGUGUUUAACUUCUGAGGAAGACAAGUAAUGCUAAAUUCCAAUGAAGCCAUACUAAGCUGCUCAAACAUACUUCUAAAACAUAAUGCUCAGUGCAUUACUUUCUAUAGUAGUAGCUUUAUAAUGUGAGUUUAUAAAGUUAUGAAGAUUUAACUUUGCAGAUAAAAUGUAAAAUAACUUGUUUCUUUUAUAUUUGGGGCUUCACCUUUGGAAUUUCACAGCUUGCUCAGAGAUCUCUCGUUUUGCAAGAUAAAUAUUAUUAAGUAACUUAUUUAUAAAAAGAAUUGCAAUAAUACAAUAUGUGAGUUUUAUUGCUAAUUUAACUUACAAAGAUUUUUCUAUGCAUCAAAUGUAACUUACUGCUUCAAAACAAUUUAAUAUUCACUCUGUAUCCAAAUGAAAUAUAUUUAAAAUAUAUUGAAUAUUUUAUAUUAUAUCUUGACAAUAUUACAAUAUUGUGAUGUACUAAUAUUUCUGUAAUUAUAGUGAAAAUAUAA